AUGGCCAUGGCGGGGUUGCAACACCAGGGCGGCAGCAUGAGCACGAGCAGCAGCGGCAGUGAGAGCAAGACGAUGAAGGAGAGGCAUGCGUCGGCGGCGCUCGAGGAGCUGCGCGCCAUCGUGCAGGCGUGCGCGACCAUGCUCAACAGGAAGCCGUCAUCGCUGAAGCGCGCGUUCGAGCGGCGGCACCCGCAGCUGGCGGGGGAGGCGGACAGCGCGCUGUACGCCACCCACCUGCUGCUCUUCGCGCUCCACCGCGCCCUCCGCGCCUGCACCCUGCGCACCGCCCUCGCCGCUUCCAAGGUCCCCUUCCCUCCCCUCUGUCCCCUCUGCGCCAUCACCGUGCCACUGGACCAGCUGCUGUACCGCAGCAUAACCACCUUCGCCACUCUGCACCGCAUGCACCUCGAGGCCCAGCAGCAGCAGCAGCGCGCGCGACGGCAGGCGUUCAGCAAGGGCGCGGGGGCCAGCAGGGGAGCGCCGCCCAGGCCGCCGUCCAUGGGGCACGAGCAGACCGCUGAUGUGCCCCCUCCCCUUCAUGACACCCGCCCUGCGUCCUCCUGCUCCCCGCUGCCCCAGCAGCAGGUGCAGGCGGUGGGCACGGAGGAGGAGAGGUUGGAGAAGGAGAGGGCUUUGCAGGCGGAGGCGAUGGCGCUGGGGUUCACACGCGUGGCGCCGCUGCUGGGGGAGCUCGCCACGCCCGCCACGGCCGCCUGCCUGCACCACCACCUCGCCUUCACUCGCGCUGCCAACUCGCCCUCCGCCCAGCCGCCCCCCUCGGGCCUCUCUGCCGACCCGCAUGCACCAGUUUGUGGCCGCCGUGGCACAGUGAGUGGGGCGCAGGGAGUGGGGCGCAGGGAGUGGGGCGCAGUGAGUGGGGCGCAGGAGUGGGGCGCAGUGAGUGGGGCGCAGGGAGUGGGGCGCAGGGAGUGGGGCGCAGUGAGCGGGGCGCAGAGAGUGGGGCGCAGUGAGUGGGGCGCAGGGAGUGGGGCGCAGGAGUGGGGCGCAGUGAGUGGGGCGCAGGGAGUGGGGCGCAGUGAGUGGGGCGCAGGGGAGUGGGGCGCAGUGAGUGGGGCGCAGGGAGUGGGGCACAGUGAGUGGGGCGCAGGGAGUGGGGCGCAGGAGUGGGGCGCAGUGAGUGGGGCGCAGGGAGUGGGGCGCAGUGAGUGGGGCGCAGGGAGUGGGCGCAGUGAGUGGGGCGCAGUGAGUGGGGCGCAGGGAGUGGGGCGCAGUGAGUGGGGCGCAGGGAGUGGGGCGCAGGAGUGGGGCGCAGUGAGUGGGGUGCAGGGAGUGGGGUGCAGUGGUGGGGCGCAGGGAGUGGGGCGCAGUGAGUGGGGCGCAGUGAGUGGGGCGCAGGGAGUGGGGCGCAGUGAGUGGGGCGCAGGGAGUGGGGCGCAGGAGUGGGGCGCAGUGAGUGGGGCGCAGGGAGUGGGGCGCAGUGAGUGGGCGCAGGGAGUGGGGCGCAGUGAGUGGGGCGCAGUGAGUGGGGCGCAGGGAGUGGGGCGCAUGGGGCGCAGUGAGUGGGGCGCAGGGAGUGAGGCGCAGGGAGUGGGCGCAGUGAGUGGGGCGCAGGGAGUGGGGCGCAGUGAGUGGGGCGCAGUGAGUGGGGCGCAGGGAGUGGGUGAGCAGGAGGCGAUGGGCAAGCGCACGGGGGUGAUAGCAGCGGCGCUGGGGCUGCAGGAGAGGGAGGUGGUGGUGGCGGAGAGCGACGCCACGCUCUACAUCGACGCCCCGGGGGCGCCCAAGACGCUUGUGGGCCAUGGCCGCCUCUACCUCACCCCUCUCGCCCUUUACUUCCAGGCGGACGCCACGGGCUUCCUGCGCACGGUGGCGGGGAGGGUGGAGCGCUUUGACCUGGCAGCUGUGGGGGCGGAGGCGGCGGUGGCAGAGGUGGCGCCGGACGCGCUGGCGCUCAACGUCUUCUCCAUGACGCGCUCCCUUGCCCUCUCCUCCCGCCUGUGCGCUCCCUCGCCCUCUCCUCCUCCCUGUGCGCCCUGCUCGCUCGCUCUUUCUUCCCGCCUCUCUGCUCCCAUUCUUCCCGUCGCACUCCCGCUUCUGCCCAACGCCCCAUGCUCAUCCCAUGGCCCUCCCAUCCCCCAUGCACCACACUUCUCCUCAUCAAGUCCCCCAUGCUGCUCUCCUUGUCAAGGGACCUCCCUGCCACCUGCAAUCCGUGUGCACGUGGUGCUGUGA